AUGGCAGCACCAAAGGCCAAAAAGCAUGUCCCAGUAUCAAAACGGGGCAAAAAGCGCAGUGUAGGAAAGAAAAAGAAACAUUCAGUAAAGUAUACCAUCGAAUGCAAGAAUCCUGUAGAAGAUGGCAUCAUGAAUGUCAACGAUUUUGCAACUUUCCUCAAUGAGCGAAUUAAAGUGAAUGGAAAAGUUGGUACAAUGGCUGCAAACGGUGUAAAACUGGAAAUCGCGAAAACGAAAGUCAUUCUUGUUUCAGAGGUGCCGUUUUCAAAAAGAUAUCUGAAAUACCUUACGAAGAAAUACUUGAAACGUAAUACCCUCCGUGAUUGGCUUCGAGUAGUUGCUUCUUCGAAGGAUAUGUAUGAGCUAAGAUACUUCCAAAUCAAUCAGGAUGAUGAAGAAGAUAGUGACAAUGAUUCUUGA